GGGAUAAAAAAGCGAGGCCGAAGGUAGGCUGGCAGAUACGUUCGUUAGGUUACUCCUUUCUGCCUGUGGACGCCGCCGAGUAAGCAUCGUUAAAGUCUCCCCUCCCACCGCCGUCAUGUCUAAGUCAGAGUCUCCCAAAGAGCCUGAACAGCUGCGAAAGCUCUUCAUCGGAGGUCUGAGCUUUGAAACAACCGAUGAGAGUCUGAGGAGCCAUUUUGAGCAAUGGGGAACACUUACGGACUGUGUGGUAAUGAGAGAUCCGAACACCAAGCGCUCCAGAGGCUUUGGGUUUGUCACCUAUGCCACUGUGGAGGAGGUGGAUGCAGCCAUGAAUGCAAGGCCACACAAGGUGGAUGGAAGAGUUGUGGAACCAAAGAGGGCUGUCUCAAGAGAAGAUUCUCAAAGACCUGGUGCCCACUUAACUGUGAAAAAGAUUUUUGUUGGUGGCAUUAAAGAAGACACUGAAGAACAUCAUCUAAGAGAUUAUUUCGAACAGUAUGGGAAAAUCGAAGUGAUUGAGAUCAUGACUGACCGAGGCAGUGGCAAAAAGAGGGGUUUUGCUUUUGUAACAUUUGAUGACCAUGAUUCUGUAGACAAGAUUGUCAUUCAAAAAUACCAUACUGUGAAUGGCCACAACUGUGAAGUAAGGAAAGCGCUCUCUAAGCAAGAGAUGGCUAGUGCUUCAUCCAGCCAAAGAGGUCGAAGUGGUUCUGGAAACUUUGGUGGUGGUCGUGGAGGUGGUUUUGGUGGGAAUGACAACUUUGGUCGCGGAGGAAACUUCAGUGGUCGAGGUGGCUUUGGUGGCAGUCGAGGUGGUGGUGGAUAUGGUGGCAGUGGGGAUGGCUAUAACGGAUUUGGUAAUGAUGGUGGUUAUGGAGGAGGCGGCCCUGGUUACUCUGGAGGAAGCAGAGGCUAUGGAAGUGGUGGACAGGGUUAUGGAAACCAGGGCAGUGGCUAUGGCGGGAGUGGCAGCUAUGACAGCUAUAACAACGGAGGAGGCGGAGGCGGCUAUGGCGGUGGUAGUGGAAGCAACUUUGGAGGUGGUGGAAGCUAUAAUGAUUUUGGCAAUUACAACAAUCAAUCCUCAAAUUUUGGACCCAUGAAAGGAGGCAAUUUUGGAGGCAGAAGCUCUGGCCCUUAUGGUGGUGGAGGCCAAUACUUCGCCAAACCACGAAACCAAGGUGGCUAUGGUGGUUCCAGCAGCAGCAGCAGCUAUGGCAGUGGCAGAAGGUUUUAAUUACUGCCAGCAACAUCCUUCCUUAAUGAGGACAACCUUUAUCUGAGCCACUGCCCCUCAUUUUCACUGCCAUGGGGUUAUUAGCUGCUAUGCAGCUUGAAUUAAUCAUUCAGUUUUAUGAAUGGACUUUUUAAUAAAAUGCUUUUAACUUG